AUGAGAGAAGGUAGUGAGGAAUGUGAUUUUGUCAAAUUUUUAUCACUUAUCGGCAAUGGUGAAACAUACGAUUCAUCAGUUACAUAUUCAUUAGAUGUUAGAAUGGACAACCAUAGAUUUGUCACAAUUCCUAAGGAAAUGAUAUUUGAUGGUGGUGAUAAUCAAUUUAUUGAGUAUGUAUUUGGAAAAAUAAAGUAUGAUAUUUUAAAAAAUAAAAAUUCAGCAAUAUUAGCGUCAACAAAUAAUGUCGUUAACAAUAUAAAUGAAAAAAUAUUGAAUAUAUAUUUUCAUGAAAAUAUGCAAAAAACAUAUUUAUCAAAUAAUAAAUUAUACUUUGAAAAUGAUUUUCAAAAAAAUUCCGAAGAAUUAGAAUUUGAGUGUGACACUUUAAGUACAUUUAAUCCAUCAGGAUAUCCAUUACAUGAAUUAAAAAUUUCUAAAGGAUGUAUUUUAAUAUGUCUUAGAAAUUUAAAAAUAAAAGAAGGAUUGUGUAAUAGAACAAGAAUGAUAUAUCAAGAAACUGUUGAAACGAGUGAUGGGUCACAAAAAUUGCUGAAAUGUAUAUCAAUAGACGGGAAAAAAAUAUUUCACAUUCCAAGGAUAUUACAUACCCCAAUUGAUUUAAAAAUACUUAUUCCAUUUACGAGAUAUCAAUAUCCAGUAAAACUCGGCUUUUGUAUGACAAUUAAUAAAUCCCAAUAA